AUGGAUGAUGGCAAAAAGAGGUGGAGACAUGAAGAUUACUGCACUGGUGACCUAACUCCGAAGAUUUUGAUCCCGGCGGUGGCGGCACCGAGGAGGCCUGGUGAGGGGGUGCCGGACUGGGGCGCCGGUAGCGGCCCCCCCUUUGAUCUGCGCUCUGCCGCUGCUGGUGAACUCUGCCUUGGCUUCAAUGGCGGCUCGGCUUCUGCCCCCUCUGCUGCUGGUAGCAGCUGGUUGCGCCCCCUCAACUACGGUGGCAUCCCCCUUCUCCAGGACAUUCCCAUGGUUCUCCUCAACUCCCCCUUCCAUGACCCCACUUCUGCCCCCUCCGGCCCUGCUGGUGGGCCCCCGUAUUCCCAUCACCACCAGCCCGGUGCUGCCCUCGGCAUGAUCCCUCUCCUCACUGCCGGCCCGCACCAUCAGCUGGUGCCUGAACACUCUCACUCCCAGGGACCGGAACGGCGUGGAGGAGAGAGCUCCGGGAGCACGGUGGGAGGAACGACCACAUGCCAGGAUUGCGGCAAUCAGGCUAAGAAGGAUUGUUUGCACAGGAGGUGCAGGACUUGUUGCAAGAGCCGGGGGUAUGAUUGCGCCACCCACGUGAAGAGCACAUGGGUGCCGGCAGCUAGGAGAAGAGAAAGGCACAUGGCUGCGGCGGUGACCGGUGAGGGGGCUGCAGGAGUGGGCGGGGGAAAGAAGCCACGGCUGGCGGCCUCCUCGCAGGGGACGUCGCACACAUCUACGUCCGCAAACACGCCGCCAAGGAGCUUCGAUACUGGGUCCAGCCACCAAGAUGUUAAUUACAGUACCGGCAGUGGAUCCCUGCCUAGUCGUGUGCGAGCUCCGGCCGUGUUCAAGUGUGUGCGUGUGUCGUCCAUUGAGGAUGAUGGAGAAGAUGAGUAUGCAUACCAGGCGGUCGUCAAGAUUGGCGGUCGCAUCUUCAAGGGCGUCCUAUACGACCACGGUGCGGCCACCGCUGCCUCCUCCUCAUCCCGAGAAAACCUCCCCAAUCUCUCUGAUCUCCACUUGGGUGGCAGCUCCACGCCUGUGAUGGAUGCCGCGGCUUUGCUCGAAGGUACGAGUUAUGGAAACCCACCCAUUAACUGAGCACUGAGGUUCUGGUUUUAGGGAUUUUUAGAGUUUCCUCUAUGACUUUAGAGGUGGGUUUGCUCAGGAAUUGUGUACUUGAUUCAUGUGGUUGGGUCAUGAACUAACCAUUUACUCUUGAUUAUUGUAUGAGAGUAGACGUCAUGUCACCUAUCCUAAGUUUUACUUAUUUCCCUUUUACUGGUUUUCUCUCUCUUUAACCCGGCCUCAUCCCUCUCUCUAGAGUUUAGUGCUGAAUAAUACAUCUUUGCUGUUAACUUUUA